AUGGAGGAAACGGGCGCUCAGUGCGCCCCGCCGCCGCCCGCGGGCUCCCAGACUGGGGUUUCUCAAGUCAACCUCUCCGCCGCUCCCUCCCACAACUGCAGCACCGAGGGCUACGUUUACCAGGACUCCGUCGCCCUGCCCUGGAAAGUGCUGCUCGUCGUGCUGCUGGCGCUCAUCACCUUGGCCACCACGCUCUCCAACGCAUUUGUGAUCGCCACUGUGUACCGGACGCGGAAGCUGCAUACCCCGGCCAACUACCUGAUCGCCUCCCUGGCUGUCACUGACCUGCUCGUAUCCAUCCUGGUGAUGCCCAUCAGCACCAUGUAUGUGGUCACCGGCCGCUGGACGCUGGGCCAGGUGGUCUGCGACUUCUGGCUGUCGUCUGAUAUCACCUGUUGCACUGCUUCCAUCCUGCACCUCUGUGUCAUCGCCCUGGACCGCUACUGGGCCAUCACGGACGCCGUGGAGUACUCAGCUAAAAGGACUCCCAAGAGGGCGGCAGUCAUGAUCGCGCUGGUGUGGGUCUUCUCCAUCUCCAUCUCGCUGCCGCCCUUCUUUUGGCGCCAGGCCAAAGCCGAGGAAGAAGUGUUGGACUGUUUGGUGAACACCGACCACAUCCUCUACACGGUCUACUCCACGGUGGGCGCUUUCUACUUCCCCACCUUGCUCCUCAUCGCCCUCUACAGCCGCAUCUAUGUGGAAGCCCGCUCCCGGAUUUUGAAACAGACGCCCAAUAGGACCGGCAAGCGUCUGACCCGAGCCCAGCUGAUGACCGACUCCCCCGGGUCCACGUCCUCGGUCACCUCCAUUAACUCGCGGGCUCCCGACGUGCCCAGCGAGUCGGGGUCUCCUGUGUACGUGAACCAAGUCAAAGUGCGAGUCUCCGACGCUCUAGUGGAGAAGAAGAAACUCAUGGCCGCUAGGGAGCGCAAAGCCACCAAAACCCUGGGGAUCAUUCUGGGAGCGUUUAUUGUGUGUUGGCUGCCCUUCUUCAUCAUCUCCUUGGUGAUGCCGAUUUGCAAGGAUGCCUGUUGGUUCCACUUGGCCAUCUUUGACUUUUUCACGUGGCUGGGCUAUCUGAACUCCCUCAUCAACCCCAUCAUCUAUACCAUGUCCAAUGAGGACUUCAAACAAGCGUUCCAUAAACUGAUACGCUUUAAGUGCGCAAGUUGACUUGUCAGUUGCAGUGGGGUCGCUUAAGCGGCCUUUGGGGACCAUGUUGUGUCUGGUUCCACAGGUAGGUCGACUCUUCUUUCACUGUUACUGGGUCGGAGUGAGGCUCUCUCUUCUGGGCAAGGGAAUGGAUCCUGAGAAACCAGGUCGGCCCUGAGAGAGUGCUCUGAAAGGAGAACUGUUCACACUGAAGAUAGAGCCUCCUUGCCCAGGAGGAGGCUCCCUUCCUCCGCUCAAACCCCAGGUUCGGCACUGACCCUGCCUCG